AUGUCGGAAACUUAUGAGAGAAAAACAGUUGCAAUUAUAGUUGUAGGUAUGGCUGGAUCUGGGAAAACUAGUUUUAUUCAAAGGUUCAAUUCAGCAUCACACGCGAAGAAAAUGCGAACCUACAUUUUGAAUAUCGAUCCAGCCACGACUAAAAUUCCAUACGUUCCAAAUAUAGAUAUUCGCGAUACUAUCAACUUUAAAAAGGUGAUGAAAGAUUACAGUCUCGGACCAAAUGGAGCCAUAUUAACAGCUGCCAAUCUUUUUGCAACAAGAUUUGACCAAGUUAUAUCACUUUGUGAAAGGCGUCGGAAUGAAAUAGAUUUUAUCGUUGUUGAUACUCCUGGACAGAUAGAAAUUUUUACAUGGUCAGCUUCGGGGACAAUAAUCACCGAAGCAAUUGCAAGCCGGUUCGAAACAUUUCUCUUCUACAUCCUUGAUACCUCUCGUUCGAAUAAUAAUCCACAAGUUUUUGUCAGUAAUAUUUUGCAGGCGAUUAGUGUUCUGUAUAAAUCCCGAGUUCGACUUAUUCUUUUACUGAAUAAGGUCGAUAUAACCAAUUCGAAGCAGAUUAGAACGUGGUUAUCUGAUUUUGAAAAGUUUCAGGCAGCUUUUGACAAAGUUUCUAAUUCUGCUUCAGAGCUUGGUAGAUCAAUUGGUUUGGUAGUUGAGGAGUUCCACGCAAAACUCUCACUAAUUGAUAUCUCUUGCCUUACUGGAGAAGGUUUUGAAGAUGUUUUUCACUUUCUUACGAAAUGA